GCUUACAGAAGGUUGGGUAUCGUCCUCGUGUCCCAUAUUCCCCAACCCUCAAGUGGCAGAGGGUGGGCAGUCCAGCAGCAGGGACCCGGUUCAUCUGCCCCAGGGCAUAGUGGGAUGAACCUCCGUGGGCUCCGAGGAUGAGGUGAGGACCAGCACAGGGUGGAGAGGGGUGCACUUAUAUGGGAGUUAGGAACCGGCAGAAGCGCCCACACCUCCAGCUUCCAACCCAGGCGAAGAAACUGCGUGACAUUCCGGUUCACACAUGAUUGACAUGAGAGUCCUGGCCCAGCAGGCGGGUGUGGGUGUGUAGAGGCGGAGACAAAACCCAAAUCGCACGUAAAGCGGGCCAGGGCUCGGUCUCCUAGACGGUCUGGGUCUGGUGCCACCUAUCCCGCCAGGCUGCGGUGUGACUUCGCGGAGCCGGACUCCCAGAGCCAGAAAAGGAUUACGGAGUGUUCCUCUCUGGAGCUGCAUCCUGCAAAGAGGGAGCAGGGAAGCCGUGAGCCCGGUGCACCACUUCCCGGGUAGCUUCAGCCUCUGGCGGGACUGGCUCGCGCUGUUCCCUCGCGGCUCUGCCCGGAGGUCCUCCUCCCUCCUCCCUCCUCCAUCCAGUGAACUGCCUCUGCCUCCUCCUCCUUCCUCUGCCUCCACCCUCAACCCCUGUCCCCGUCUGGCUAGAGCUGGGCUCGGAACCCUCAGUCGGCCUGAGCUCUGGAUGUGGGCGCGGGACAAGUCCACGGCUCCUCCACCCAAGAUGGACAGCCGGUACACCAGCACUGCGGGCAUCGGGGACUUGAACCAGCUGAGUGCGGCCAUCCCCGCCACGCGGGUGGAGGUGUCCGUGUCCUGCAGAAAUCUUCUUGACAGAGACACCUUUUCUAAAUCUGACCCAAUUUGUGUCUUAUAUGUACAAGGAGUUGGAAAUAAAGAAUGGAGAGAGUUUGGAAGGACUGAAGUAAUUGAUAAUACAUUAAAUCCAGAUUUUGUAAGAAAAUUUAUCCUGGACUACUUUUUUGAAGAAAGAGAGAAUCUCCGUUUUGACUUGUAUGAUGUCGAUUCAAAGAGCCCCAACUUGUCCAAACAUGACUUUCUGGGACAAGUGUUUUGUACAUUGGGGGAGAUUGUUGGUUCACAGGGAAGUCGCCUGGAAAAACCAAUAGUAGGAAUUCCAGGGAAGAAAUGUGGAACAAUCAUACUUACAGCAGAGGAAUUAAACUGUUGUAGGGAUGCUGUUCUGAUGCAAUUUUGUGCUAACAAAUUGGACAAGAAGGACUUCUUUGGAAAAUCAGAUCCUUUUCUUGUAUUUUAUCGAAGUAAUGAAGAUGGCAGUUUUACAAUUUGUCAUAAAACAGAAGUUGUCAAAAACACUCUAAAUCCUGUAUGGCAAGCAUUCAAGAUCUCAGUCAGAGCAUUAUGUAAUGGCGAUCAUGACAGAACAAUCAAAAUAGAGGUAUAUGACUGGGAUCGGGAUGGGAGUCAUGAUUUCAUUGGAGAAUUUACAACAAGUUAUAGGGAACUUUCUAGAGGGCAAUCACAAUUCAACGUAUAUGAGGUGGUGAAUCCCAAAAAGAAAGGAAAGAAGAAAAAAUAUAUUAAUUCAGGAACAGUUACCUUACUCUCCUUCUUGGUAGAAACAGAAGUUUCAUUCCUUGACUAUAUUAAAGGAGGAACGCAAAUCAAUUUCACAGUGGCUAUUGAUUUUACAGCAUCAAAUGGCAACCCUGCCCAUCCCACUUCUCUCCACUACAUAAAUCCUUAUCAACUGAAUGCCUAUGGUAUGGCACUGAAAGCAGUGGGAGAAAUCGUUCAAGAUUAUGACAGUGAUAAAAUGUUCCCAGCUCUAGGUUUUGGUGCAAAGCUACCUCCAGAUGGAAGGAUAUCUCAUGAGUUUGCAUUGAAUGGGAACCCUCAAAACCCCUACUGUGAUGGCAUUGAAGGGGUCAUGGAGGCUUAUUAUAGGAGUCUGAAAUCUGUACAACUGUAUGGGCCAACCAACUUUGCGCCUGUAAUUAAUCACGUCGCGAGAUAUGCUUCCUCUGUAAAGGAUGGUUCCCAGUAUUUUGUGCUCCUGAUUGUGACAGAUGGUGUGAUCUCAGAUAUGGCUCAAACUAAGGAGUCUAUAGUUAACGCUUCAAAACUUCCGAUGUCAAUAAUUAUAGUAGGAGUUGGACCAGCAGAAUUUGAUGCAAUGAUUGAGUUGGAUGGCGAUGAUGUAAGAGUUUCUUCCAGAGGAAAAUAUGCUGAAAGGGACAUUGUGCAGUUCGUGCCCUUCAGAGAUUAUAUUGACAGAAGCGGAAACCACAUACUGAGCAUGGCUAGACUGGCUAAAGAUGUCCUAGCUGAGAUCCCAGAGCAGUUUCUCUCCUACAUGAGGGCCCGAGGAAUCAAGCCAUCGCCUGCGCCUCCCCCGUACACCCCGCCUACACACGUGCUACAGACUCAGAUAUGAUUGUGCUCUGAAAUGUUAAUGUUAAGUGCACGUCAGUUACAACUGCUGAGUCAAGCUUUGCUCCUGGUGCUCAGUCAUGAACCAGGGAAUGAGAAACUUUUCUCCGUUUGGUUUCAGCAGUACUGGUUAACAUGCUUUCUGGAUCCAAAAUUAAUUCUCUUCCUAAACCAAAACUGUAAAUAUGAUUGUUGCAUGAGCAACAGAAAAAUUGUCUGAAUGCUUGAAGCAAAAUAUGGGUGUCUUCUCUGAAUCUUUACUUUUUUUUUUUUUUUGGACAAAAACGGCUAAUUUUCAUUUUAUUGUUGGGAAAAAGCACAAACUAUGUUUUUAACUCAAAUACUGUCCUCGACUGCUUUGUGUAUAAGAAAGCAGUCUCUCUGUAUCAAUGUUUACAUGUUACUACUUUUUAAAUUUCAAUACUUUUAUAACUGUUCUUAAGAAUAAGAGUUUUGAAUAUUGAAUCCUUUGUCUUCAAAUUACAAUAGCUAUAAUCACAAGAGCAAUAUCUCUUUGGAUGGCUGUCUGGACAAAUACAAUUACAAACAAGGGAAAGGAAAAAUACUUUUGUAUUUCUCAGUAUGCGAAUUGUCUUAUGAAUUUUCAUCUGCUUAGUUCCUCUGCCUUGUUGGCCAAGUAUCGUAGUUUAAGCUUAGCAGAUGUGUAUCCUGUAAGAACAUGCAUUUUUCAUGGAGUUUGGGUUCUAAAUUUAGACUACAGUCACUUUGUGUUUUGUAAUGCCAAAUAGAAAUUUUUGAAAAAGUCAAAACAUUGUGAACUGUAAGUGCACAGAAAAUGCUUUGUGUAAAAAGUAGCAUCUUUCCAUUAUGCUAUUUAGAAAGGCUAAAACCCAGAAUAUUUAACUAUCAACCACGUAGCAGAAGUUUUAAACUUUUGAUUCCAUUAUACCUUGUCUAGAUAUUUUAAUUCAAAGGGAUACUGGCUCUCUUGGAUUCCUUAUCACCUUUCCAUGUUGCCACACAGGGUGCACAUCCCGGAGUUUUUUUGUGAAUUCCCAGUGACUUAGUGCACAAUCCAUUUGUGAAAUAACCCCCUCCUAUAUGCUAAUCUGCCUGUCCUUAAUUGUAAAGAGUUUUUGCAUGUACAGUUUUUACAAGAAUUACAGUUUUGUGAUGUGUCCAAAUUAAAGCAUUUCUUUAGAACAAAUGGCCUUAAAUUCUCACAGAAUUCCUGGAAAUGAUUGUGAAUUGCCUUCAAAUAAUAGAAAAGUGUAUUUAUUUAUUUUUUUGUGUGUCAACAAUGUAACUUCUUUAUAAUAUUUUUUCUUACUUUUACUAUUUACUACUUAGUUUAUUUUUACUGUAUGUUGUCUCUUUGUCCCAAGUUGACUUUUAUAAGCAUGAAACUAUUUUACUGAAAAGAAAAGUAUAUACAUCCACAUAUCUUACAGUAUAAAUGUUAUAUAAUGAUGUAAUACUAAAUUGUCCAUUUUUAAGUAUGUAUUAAAAUCUUUAAAAGGGUAACUCUUGCUCUGUAAAUUUUAUGUAUAAUGACCUGGAGUCUGAUUAUUUCCUUUACUGAUCUUAAAUAAUUAUACCAGUACAGUUUAUUAACCUACAGAUUUUUUAUUUAUCUUCAUCCAUACAAAAUAACAAAAAUAAAUAAGAUCAAUAUUCUUUCCUUCUUGUCAAA